AAGCAAGCAAGCGACCACCACUGCGCAACGCACUCGCCGCACCCCACACAUUCAUCCAUUCACCUGCAACCAGCACACACACACACACACACAGCACACAGCACACACACAAGUACACACCACGCCAAGAACGAUGUUGGCUGUUGCGCGGGUUCGCCCGCAGCACACGCUGCGCUGGCCGGUCUUGACGAUACAGCGAACGCUCACACGCGCCGCUGCACGACGUCAAGCUGUGACGCAGAAGAUGAAGAUGCCUGCCACCACAUCCCUGCUGCCACGCACUUCCCUGGGCCACCUGCGGUUCACACUGGGUGCCACCCGCAUUGCUUCGUCUUCCUUUCAUACCGCCAGCCGCCUCGCCAUCGCACAACCGGGCCAGACCUGGGUCAACCCCGCCGCGCAACCAGAGGGUGAGUCGCUGAAGAAGUACUCUGUGAACUUGAGUGAGAUGGCAAAGGACGGCAAGCUGGACCCGGUCAUCGGCCGUGACGACGAGAUUCGCCGCUGCCUUCAGGUGCUGUCGCGGCGCACAAAGUCCAACCCGUGUCUGGUUGGCUCUGCCGGUGUUGGCAAGACAGCCAUCGCCGAGGGCCUGGCACAGCGCAUCCUCUCUGGCGACGUUCCCGACAGCAUGAAAGACAAGGAGGUCAUUGCGCUUGAUCUGACGGCGCUCAUUGCCGGCGCAGCGUACCGCGGCGAGUUUGAAGAGCGGCUCAAGUCUGUAAUCAGCGACGUGAAGGCUGGCGCGGGCAAGUACAUUCUCUUCAUCGACGAGAUGCACCUGAUCCUGGACAUGGGGAAGAUGGGCGGCGCCAUGGACGCAGGCAACAUCCUUAAGCCGUCGCUUGCGCGUGGAGAACUGCAGCUGCUCGGCGCGACAACAAUGGAGGAAUACCGCAAGUACAUUGAGAAGGACGCCGCCCUCGCCCGGAGGUUUCAACCUGUCCAGGUGGCGGAGCCUAGCGUGCAGGACACCAUCUCCAUCCUGCGCGGGCUCAAGGAGAAGUAUGAGGUGCACCACGGCGUGAAGAUCACAGACAGCGCGCUCGUUGCCGCCGCAACGCAGUCCGACAGAUACAUCACAGACCGCUUCCUGCCAGACAAGGCCGUUGAUCUUGUGGACGAGGCCGCAUCACGUCUUCGUCUGCAGCAGGAGAGCAAACCAGAAUCAAUUGAUAGUCUCGACCACGACAUUUUGACCAUCAAGAUUGAGCUUGAAGCGCUGAAGAAGGAGAAGGACGAAGGGUCCCGGCGCCGGCGCGAACUCUUGAACAAUCAGCUCAAGGAGAAGCAGAAGGAGGUCGACGAGCUCACCGCCCGCUGGCAGGAGGAGCGACGGGAAAUUGAACAGCGCAAUGAAGACCGCGAACGCCUCGACAAACUCAGGAUCGACCUGCAGAAUGCGAUGCGUCGCGGCGAUUACGAGCUUGCAAGCAAACUCCAAUACGGCGACAUCCCAGAACUGGAGAAGAAGGUUGAGGCGCACGAGGAAGAGGAGGCACAGCUCAACCACGAGCACGCUGCGCGUCUCCUCGGCGAAGCCGUCACCUCGCGCGACAUUGCAGAGGUUGUGUCACGCAUCACCGGCAUUCCAGUCCGCACCAUGAUGCAAUCGGAGAAGGAGAAGCUGCUGCAACUCGAGGACCACCUUAGGGCGCGCGUGAUUGGGCAGGACCACGCGCUGACCGCCGUCAGCAACGCUGUUCGCUUAAGCCGUGCAGGCCUGGCCAGUCGCAACCGACCCAUCGCCUCGUUCAUGUUCCUGGGGCCGACAGGUGUUGGCAAGACGGAGCUGUGUAAGGCCAUGGCGGCCUCCCUCUUCGACACAGAGGCCGCGAUGAUCCGCAUUGACAUGAGCGAGUACAUGGAGCGGUUCUCCGUCAGCCGUCUCAUCGGCGCCCCGCCAGGGUAUGUCGGCUAUGAGGAGGGCGGGAUGCUGACAGAAGCCGUUCGCCGCCGCCCUUACAGCGUCAUUCUCCUCGACGAGUUUGAGAAGGCACAUCGGGAAGUGAGCAACUUGAUGCUGCAAGUCCUUGAUGACGGCCACCUCACAGACAGCCAGGGACACAAGGUCGAUUUUACAAACACAAUCAUUGUGAUGACGUCCAAUAUUGGAGCGGACAUUCUCGCCGGUGGCUCCGACAAGAGCAGUGACGCAAUGUUCAACGACAUCAUCACGAAGCGGGUUCGCGAGCACUUUUCCCCGGAAUUCGUCAACAGAAUCGAUGAGCUGGUUGUGUUCAACCGCCUCAGCCGUGAGGAUAUGGACGCAAUCCUCGAUAUCAGAGUGAAGGAGCUGCAAUACCAGCUGGAGGACAAGGACCUUGACCUCGAGCUGACGCCGGCUGCGCGGACGUGGCUGUGCGACGCGGGAUACAACCCGACGUAUGGCGCGCGUCCGCUCAACCGCGUCAUCAAGCAGCACGUGAUGAACCCGCUGGCGGUCAAGAUGCUGGACGGGACAUUCCCGCCAAAGUCGCACAUCCGCGCAGAUGUGGAGGGCGACGACAUUGUGCUGACGAAAGCGAAAUGAGCCGCGGUCGUGGUGGAUGAUGUGGGGUGUGUUUGGUGUUGCUGUUGAGGUGUUGGCAUGUGGUGGUGGUGGUGGUGGUGUUGCUAUUGAGUGGUGGUGGGGUGUGGCGUGUGGUGAAUGGUGGACUGGUGGGAACUAGGCGGAUGGAUGGUUGCUUGUUGAUUGGCUGUUACGCUCAAGAGGACUGCUGUGGCUGUGGCGUUGUGAUGAUGUACGAUCAUCGCAACAGCAAUACAGAACUCAAGCUGCAA